AUGACAGGAAAAUCUUACAUUGAGGCAGAUGCUGACUUAUCCUAUCGAAAAGUUUCUGGAAAGGAGGUGGCACAUUUAGUCCUCGAAGAUAACGAAGACUUUGUGUUCAUCAGAUCGAAGAAGUACCAUAAAGGAAACGGGUUGGGUGCCAUAAUCUCUUGGCCCGAAAUUACCCAUCCUAAUACAGUGACCCAGACGGUUAUUCUUGUCCAUGGGCACCUAUCGCAUAAGAAUGCCAUUUACCAGCCAGAUAUGGCGGCCAAAUUGUCUUCGUUAGGGUAUUGUGUCAUCCGGUUCGACUUCAGAAACCAAGGCGAUUCAGAGGACAACAGGGACGCCCUUUUGGGACGUACAUUACCGCAGGAUUUUCAAGACCUCGAUACGAUUGUGCGAAGUCUGUCUGCAAAGAGGGUCUACCGCGGAUUGGAAUUGUCUCUAGCGGCGGUCAUUGCACACUCAAGAGGUGUACUCGUAAUGUUCCAUUACUUUAAUGAACACAAUCGUCAACGCGUACCGCUUUUAGUCAACUGUUGUGGGCGGUUUGGCAGUGCCAAGAUACUAGAGAGGUACGAUCGGGUUUUCCCCUCUUGGCGCGGCGACCACGGUUUCACCGCCAAGACGUUCCGGUUUGGUCAAUAUACCGAUUACUGGGUCAGCGAGGCAGAAAUUAUGAGUACCGCACAGGUUGACACGAGACAGUUUACGCGGCUCGACCAUGGCACCAAAGUCCUUCUGAUCUACUGUCAAUGCGACGCAGUGAUCCCAGAAUCGGAUGGGAUACAAUAUAGAAACAUGUUCCGUCUCGCACACUACGACACAAAUUUCUGCGAGAUACCCUUUGCGGACCACAACUUCUACGGACUACCAGGCGACAAGAACAGUUACGGUCUCCCACUUAAACGCAACAAGGUGAACUAUGCCAGCCUGGUCCUAGAAACUCUUCUGCCGCAUCUACCCCCGCAAAUGAAACCAGAAAAAAGGACACCACCAUUAUAA